AAUAGUCUAAUGUCUAUACGAUGAAAUGUUAUUGCUUAUUUGUUACAGAAAAUAAUUAAUAAAGUACAUUAAAUGUUUCAAGAAUUAUUUUUAAUCAGCCGUAUAAUCGACUGCCUUUACUAUUAUGACUUUGAAUUUAUGUUUCGUAAAAAUUUCCCAUAGUUUAAACAAAUAUAAUUUAUUGUUAAUAAUACGUUGAUUUUAAAUAAAAAAAUUAAUGCUAAAAGACAUUUUGUUAUAAUAGGCUUACAAAAUGGAUACACUACUCAGUGAUAAUGUAUCGUCCACAAAUGACCGUUGCCAUCAAAAAUGCUGUAUUUCAUCUACAAACAUAUGCCAAAUUGACUGUAACAGUACCAACAGUAACGAUUAUGUAUUUGAUAUGAAUGAUCAUACAAAUUUAAUAUCAAACUGCAAAUUAGUAAAAAAAAAAUACAAGUGCCAUUGUUGUUUUUUGGAAGAAAACGGAUCUAAAUCAAAUACAUACUAUUCUCAACCAUGGAUAACCUUCAUUCAUAUAUUAUGUACUGCAAUUUUGGUAUUAUUCGCUGUCUAUUUAGAAUCCAAUGUUUUAAUUUUUGAAAAAAUUUCCAAUAAGAAAGAAAUGGAUGAUAUUGUAUGGCGUUCAACACCUUCAGAACAACAUAGGACUACCACAUCAACAAUUUCUCCAACAACAGAUCUACCCCCUAAAGAUAAAUGUGAACCAUUAUAUGUUCUUGUUUAUGCUCAUUGUUGUGUAUGGUUUUUAUUUUUGGUACUGGACCAUGUUGCUCGACACAUGCAUCAUACAACAUUAAGAUCUCGUGGACAUUUGCGUGCUUAUGCAAGACUUACUCGCCUAGCAGUUAUCCCAUUUCAAUUAGUAUCUUUAUGGACUGUAUUAUUGGCUAUAUUUAUUGCUGUAUAUGCUCAAGAAGAUGCUGCUGAUAUGCAACCGUACUGUGAUGCUAAUAUGUUGAUGUCACCAAAAAAUGGAAUAGCUGUAUUACUUGUUAUUGAGUUUGUAUGUGUCACAAUAUCUUCAUUACUAUAUGCAAAUUCAAUAAGAAAAUUUAGUCUAGAAAAACCACCACCAGAUGUAUGUGGUUGGGAAGAAAAUAAUUAUUGUGAUCGAUGGAUACCUCAAGUGUUGCAGAAUAAUGAUAUUACAACAAGUCAACAAACAGAUCCUGAGGAAAUUCCAAAUUCUGAACAACAAGAUAGUCGGUGUUUAUUAGAUUUAUUAGAGUACUAUGCUUAUGCUAAUCGAGAGUUGGCCACUCAAUUAGCUAGUAAAUCUGAAAAAUUACGUCAACUUGAAGUAGAAAAUACUGCUCAACAACCUUCUCAGUCAUAAAAUAAUAUAAACCCUUUUAUUUAUUUAUUUAGUUUUUUUUAAAGUUUGAAUUUUUUCCUAUUUCUAUCACUUUUAUCAUUUUCUAAUUUCUAAUACAAUACCAAUUCUGUAAAUUCAUAUUGAACUAAUACACAUAUUAAAUAAUUGUUAAACUAUUGAA